AUGACUGGAUCGUCAAUACCCGAAAGGGUAGCACAGAUAUAUUAUACUUAUGGACUUUUUUGUUCAUCCUAUCCUGUGAUUGCUAUAACAUUAGCACUUUCUGUUGUAUUAAUAUGCUGUUAUCCCCUGCUGAAUGUGCCUUUACCUGGAAAUAUACCAACUGUUGUAAAUGUUCCAUUAAAUAUCAAUGAGAACAAUAUUGGUAACAUGAAUUGUGUAUCAAAAUCUUGUUUUCUUUCAGAUACUUUUAUACAUCUAGAUGAAUUGCGAAAUAAAACACAAAAGCUUCCUUACAUGUGGGCCAAAGAAACUCCUUUUCUAUAUAUUCAACAAAUAAUUAUGAGAAUAGGUGUAUCUCCAUGGAAUAAUAAUCUCAAAAUGUGGGAUGCAUUUCGUGCACCAUUACAAGAAGUUUUUAGACUUCUUGAAACAAUUCGCAAUCAUGAAGAUCCUGAAACGAAGAAAACGAUCGUAAAUCACUGUUAUCAAAUAGGUGGUAUAAAGAAGUUAAGCAGUCAAGCAAGAGUAGACAGAGUCCUUCCCGAAUACAAUUGUCUUUUGCUUUCACCAGCAAAUCUCUGGCAACAAAAUCUGCAAUCAUUCUCAUUAGAUGCAAAUAUUGUGAAUACAAUUUAUAAUUACCAGAAUAUCAUCAAAGGAAAAGCAUCCAUAGCGGAAAUGGCAUUCGGUAUGCAUCUGCGUGAUACUGGCAUAAAACGAUAUCCAUUAAGAUCUCGGCCUCGUGUACUACAAUAUGCUGUUACGAUUUUCUACGAACAGAUUGACCGGAGGUUCAUUACCUCUCUUACGGACAAGUUAAGAGAUAUGUACCCGCUGUAUCAAGAUAUGCCACAGACUCCCACACAAGAGGUUACAUUAAUAUAUUAUCCAGGCCAGUUUAACUAUCAUGAACUAGUACCGCUAUUAAUAUCACUUGUCGGAAUAUUUCUUUAUGUAUACUUCUCUGUGAGAAAAAUAGAAUUUAUCAAAUCUAAAUUAGGUCUGGCGGCGUGCUCUGUUCUCACAAUCGCUGGUAGCCUCUCUAUGUCAAUGGGCAUAUGCUUCUACUGUGGAUUUUCACUUAGCCUUCAAGGCAAAGAAAUUUUUCCCUAUUUAGUAAUUAUAGUCGGUCUCGAAAAUAUUCUGGUGUUAACGAAAAGUGUGACGUCAACCGACUCGAGACUGGAUGUGAAAAUUCGUUUAGCGCAAGGCCUAAGUAAGGAAGGCUGGUCGAUAACAAAGAAUUUACUCACAGAAAUAACAAUAUUGACAGUCAGUCUCUUCACAUUUGUGCCUUUUAUACAAGAGUUUUCCAUAUACAUGAUUGUUAGCCUUAUUAGUGACUACUUUGUACAGAUGACUUUUUUCGCGCCUAUUCUAGUCAUAGAUGUGAGUCGAAUGGAGUAUAUGCCGGAGCAAAAUAAUAAAUUACAUUUAAAGGAAUAUUUUAGUGCUAGUUAUGCCCUUAACUGGCGAUAUAGCAACGGGUACGAAGAUAAUAGUUUCUCGCCCAAAAGGAUGACAAAGUCCAAAUCGCACCCGAGAUUAAAUGGCUUAGCGCAAACCAGCCCUACCGACGUUGUUGCGAAGAGAAAUUCCAAUCCUGGAAUGGGCGAGAAUCGAGUACCAAAGCGUAUUCGUCUAGUCAAUAUGUGGGCUAGAACUAGAUUCUUCCAAAGAGCGUUAAUGGUGUGGAUGCUUGUGUGGAUAUCUAUGAUCGUAUACAACUCCGGGGUAGUUGAUUACUUUAUUACGAAAAUCGAUAAGAUAGACACGUCUACGGAGAACAAUAAAAAGAUAACUAAAGAGGUUGAACCAAGACAGUCGACGAAUGUGAAUAAUAGUAGUGGUCAUACAUUGGUAUUUUCGCCUCUACUAGACGUCAUAGGUGAUGAAAAAACGCUCGACGAAAAUGAUACUAUAUAUUUGAAACAUUCACCAAAUUCCCGCCCAUGGUCUCGGUUAAAUUCGUACCACUGGUCGGCUAUUUUAUCGCAAUACAACGAAACAUUGGCCGGAAAAUAUCUUGUACUUCUACCACCCACAUUGAUUAGUCAUAGGGUUAGCCCUGAAAUUGCUGCUGGUGUUCGACAUCCAGACGAAAAAGACCCGCCGCCUUUACGAUGGCAGGCCCUGGCUGCAGCCCUAGAUCCGAUAGACACUUUGCCUGAAUUUGACCUAAUAGACAGUAAAGGUCAGCAACAGUGGGGUAAAGGUUCCGAACUGCCGAUAUAUCCAACAACACCAAUGGAGAUCCUUUUGCUGACCAUACUAUGUACAAUAAGUAUAGUGGUUAUCGCAUACAUGAUGGUUGUCUUGUAUAGAUGUAUUUGUUCUCGACAUUACGCUGAGUGGCGGGCAUCUUGGAAUGAAGACGAAGAGUAUAAGAAAAUCAUCGCCAAACAGCCUGCUGUUCAAUUGGUAAUGGAGGCAGUACCAUUGGUAGUAGCAGGUCACAGUCAAGAAGUAGAAUGCAUCGUAACAGAUGGAGAGAAAAUUGUUAGUUCCUGUUUGCAGGGGAACAUAAAAAUUUGGGACUCGUUAAAUGGGGAAAUCAUUACGUCAAUAGAUCGUAGCGCCUAUUUUCAGAUGGAAAUGGAAAUAUAUGAGAAAGCUCAUCCCAAAAAGGCUUUAGAGGAUUCAAAAAGCUAUGACACGUAUACCAUUCAAGAGAUUCGCGAUAUAGAAGCAAUACAAAGGCCCGAGGUCCGACUGCGUAGAGCCUGUCUCAAUAAUCACUUGAGUUGUAUAAAGUUUCAGUCGAGUCAACAAAGUCCUCCCUCGUGCCUUUCAGUUGCUGAAAAUACGAAAUAUUUGUUUGCUAAGACUUAUAGAGAUCUUUAUUGCUCAGACGAGCAUGAUAUUUAUGAAAAAGAAAUUUUGGACUUAAAUAAAUUUAGUGUUAAUAAAGAAAGUGCAAUUAAAGACAGUGAUAGUUUUAAAAGUGAAUUUUUAAGUAGUCACGAUAAAGUGCGAAGAAAUCCAAGUGAUCUGAAUGAAGAUUGCAAAGCGAAACCUGUAAAGGAGUCGCCGGUGUGGAGUAUGGACUAUUGUAAUGAUCUUAUUAUAUUAGGCUGUGCUGAUGGGAGAUUAGAAUUUUGGGAAGCAACUUCAGGAAAAUUAAAGUGUAUAUGGUGGUGUAUGGAGAAGCGUCCAGGUGGUACUGGGGUCACGCAUGUUAAGGCUUUAGGGGGUGGCAGACGAAUUUGCGUCGCGUUAUUGACGGGACAUUUGUCACUAUUCCGGCUCGAUGCGUACAAUUGUACAUCUGGCGCGCAAGUUGACUGGCGAUUUAGUACGGCACAUAGAAGAACACAUAAGCGAACGGGAUCAGCGGAUUCCCUACGCAGCGCACAAGCUUUAGAAGACGAAAAAGCCCGAGGGCGUAUGACUUUUUCAUAUGAAGUGGAAAACAGUGAUGGUGAAGAGGUAGUUUGUGUUCGAGUCGCACAUUGUCGGCCUCAUCAACAACCGAUAACUGAAUUACACGCGGAAGGGGGCCGCAUACUCACUGGCGGACAGGAUCACGUAUUAAAGGUGUUUUCAAGCGAUCUAAGGCAGCUGUUUACGUUACACGGGCACUGCGGGCCCAUCACGAGUUGUUUUAUCGACCAUGCGACACCAACCAUCGCUGGCAGUGGCUCGCAAGAUGGAUUGCUUUGUGUAUGGGAUUUGCACACAGGUGCCUGCUUAUAUAGUAUGCAGGCACACGAUGGAGCAGUUACGUCACUAGCGUAUACGGCUUCAUACGUAGUAUCAGCGGGCGCGGACGAGCGUCUCUGCAUAUGGGACCGUUUUCAGGGACAUAUGCUCAACUCGGUACAUAUAGGUCUGAAUUAUAUGAGUCGAAUGCUGCCGCUAACUCACUCGCUUCUUGUGAUGGGCGACAAAAAUGGACUAACCGCAUACGAUUUGAGCAGUGGUGACGUUAUACGACGAGUAUUGUUUGGUCAAAGCGACGGUUGUAUUUUUGUACGACAAAUAUUACCCUUAAAAGAUGCGAUUGUGUGUGAUUACGCUAACCAACUACGCAUUGUAAAGUUCCCUCUUGUAUCACGACUCGACAUGAAGAACGAAUAA